GCAGACUGAAUAAUAAAAGGGGAGCGGCGAAGAGGCAGGAAGACAGGACCAUGUCGAAGGGCCCCGGGCCCGGCGGCUCCGCAGCUUCCUCGGCGCCCCCGGCCGCUACCGCUCAGGUGCUGCAGGCACAGCCUGAGAAACCGCAGCACUACACGUACCUGAAGGAGUUCCGCACAGAGCAGUGCCCGCUCUUCGUGCAACACAAAUGCACGCAGCAUCGGCCCUACACCUGCUUCCACUGGCACUUCGUGAACCAGCGCCGCCGCCGCUCCAUCCGCCGUCGGGACGGCACAUUCAACUACAGCCCCGACGUCUACUGCACCAAGUACGACGAGGCCACGGGCCUCUGCCCGGAGGGCGACGAGUGCCCGUUCCUGCACAGGACCACGGGGGACACUGAACGCAGGUACCACCUGCGCUACUACAAAACUGGAAUCUGCAUCCACGAGACGGACUCAAAAGGCAACUGCACCAAAAACGGCCUGCACUGCGCUUUCGCCCACGGGCCCCAUGACCUCCGCUCCCCUGUCUACGACAUCAGGGAGCUGCAGGCCAUGGAGGCCUUGCAGAAUGGACAGCCCACGGUGGAGGGCAGCACAGAGGGCCCGUCCGCUGGGGCUGCGAGCCAUGCCAUGAUAGAGAAGAUCCUUGGUGAAGAGCCGAGGUGGCAAGAGACCGCGUACGUGCUGGGGAACUACAAGACGGAGCCGUGCAAGAAGCCCCCGAGGCUGUGCCGCCAGGGGUAUGCCUGCCCCUACUACCACAACAGCAAGGACCGGCGGCGGAGCCCCCGGAAACACAAAUACAGGUCAUCACCGUGUCCAAACGUGAAGCACGGGGACGAGUGGGGAGACCCCGGCAAGUGUGAGAACGGGGAUGCCUGCCAGUACUGCCACACGCGCACGGAGCAGCAGUUCCACCCGGAGAUCUAUAAAUCCACCAAGUGCAACGACAUGCAGCAGUCGGGCAGCUGUCCCCGAGGACCCUUCUGCGCCUUCGCCCACGUGGAACAGCCGCCCCUCGGCGAGGACCUGCAGCCCUCCUCCGCCGUGCCCAGCCCCACCCAGCCGGGCCCCGUCCUGUACAUGCCGUCGGCCGCCGGGGACUCGGUGCCCGUGAGCCCCUCCAGCCCGCACGCCCCCGACCUCAGCGCCCUCCUCUGUAGAAACAGCAGCCUAGGCAGCCCGUCGAACCUCUGCGGCUCCCCGCCCGGCUCCCUGAGGAAGCCCCCGAACCUGGAGGGCAUCGUCUUCCCUGGGGAGUCCGGCCUCGCCCCUGGCAGCUAUAAGAAGGCUCCUGGCUUCGAGAGGGAAGACCAGGUGGGAGCCGAGUUCCUGAAAAAUUUCAAAUGCCAGGCCAAGUUAAAACCCCACUCACUGGAGCCCAGGAGUCAAGAGCAGCCUCUGCUUCAGCCCAAACAGGACAUGCUGGGCCUCCUCCCCCCCGUGGGCAGCCCCCUGACCUCAAGCAUCUCUUCUAGCAUCACCUCCAGCCUGGCAGCUACUCCCCCUAGCCCUGCGGGCACCAGCAGCGUCCCUGGCAUGAACGCAAACGCUCUGCCCUUCUACCCAACCAGCGACACGGUAGAGUCGGUCAUAGAGUCUGCCCUGGACGACCUGGACCUGAACGAGUUUGGGGUGGCCGCCCUGGAGAAGACUUUCGACAACAGCACGGUCCCCCACCCGGGCAGCAUCACAAUCGGUGGCAGCUUGCCGCGGAGCUCUGCUCCCGUGAACAUCCCCGGCUCCCUGAGCAGCUCGGCCUCCUUCCACUCGGCGUCCCCGUCCCCUCCGGUCAGCCUCCCCUCGCAUUUCCUGCAGCAGCCCCAGGCCCACCUGAGCCAGUCAGAAAACACGUUUUUGGGGACCUCGGCAUCCCAUGGGUCUUUGGGUCUGAAUGGGAUGAACAGCAGCAUCUGGGAACACUUUGCCUCCGGAAGCUUCUCCCCGGGCACUUCCCCUGCCUUCCUGUCGGGGCCAGGGGCUGCCGAGCUGGCCCGGCUUCAGCAAGAGCUGGACGAAGCCAACGGCACCAUCAAGCAGUGGGAGGAGUCCUGGAAGCAGGCCAAGCAGGCUUGUGAUGCCUGGAAGAAGGAGGCAGAGGAGGCCGGGGAGCGGGCCAGCACGGCCGGCGCCGAGUGCGAGCUGGCCCGCGAGCAGCGGGAUGCGCUGGAGGUGCAGGUGAAGAAGCUGCAGGAGGAGCUGGAGCGGCUGCACUCGGGGCCCGACCCGCAGGCCCUGCCCGCCUUCUCCGACCUGGAGGCCCUCUCGCUCUCCACCCUCUACUCCCUCCAGAAGCAGCUGCGGGCCCGCCUGGAGCAGGUGGACAAGGCCGUGUUCCACAUGCAGUCGGUGAAAUGCCUUAAGUGUCAGGAGCAGAACCGAGCGGUGCUGCCGUGCCAACACGCCGUGCUGUGCGAGCUGUGCGCCGAGGUCAGCGAGUGCCCCGUCUGCCAGCCGGGCCGGGCCCACGCGCUGCAGUCGUGACCCCGCGGGCCCGGCCCCGGCCUGGCGCAGCUCUUCCCACCUAGGACUUUUUAAAGUAUAUAUAUGUAUGUAUGUAUGUAUGUACAUGUACAUGUAUAUGAUUAUGUAUAUGUAUACAUUCUGUGCGUGUGCAGGUGUGCGUGGGCGGCCAGUGUGAACAGUGUCUGUGUGUGUAUCUCGACGCAGAUAUAGACACACACUUUAAACAGACUUACCAAGCACUUUUUAAAAGAAGCAACUAUUUUGCAGUCCUCCCUCGGCCCACUCCCUACCUGUCCCACCUCCCCUCUUCUCCCACCAGCCUUUUGGCAGGGGAUCUGUUUCUCUUUUUUAUGUAGGAACUAACUAUUUUUAACUUCUUGGGGCCUGAGCAGGGAAGGACGGAAGCUGGACGGGGCCGAGGGGAGGGACAAGCCUUCAGGGCAGGCCCUGUUCACCCCACCUCCCCGGGCCAGGGCUCCGGGCCCACCUAGCUCCUAGCUUUACCAGACGCGUAUUCAAUUCGGGGCUGGCUGCAGCCCGCUCCAAGCUCCCACCCCUGGGCCCCUGAAAGCCCCUCGAGGGCCAAGGCCCCAGAGUUCCACCCCUCAGGUCCCCGAGGCAGGGGCUCGGCCUCAGUCCUCUCCCCCAGGUCUCGGGAGCGGCCUCCCUGGCCCCAGGGCCACCGACCAGGCUGGCACUGCCCUGUCCAUCACCCCCGGCAGUCCCUCCUCUUGUGGCACUGCCCCCCGCCCCGUGCCCCCACCCCUCCCUCUGGCAGCUAGCAGGGCAAUCGGUAGGGAGGGUCUGCGGACUGUGAGGACCAGGGGCUCAGGCCCUGCCCCGCCCCGAGGGGCUCCGUAUGCAUUCCUUGGUGCUCUCCGAGUGCAGCUGGCGUCCCGCCCCGCGCGGCGCGGGCGCCCGUGUGCGUGUGUGUGCGUGCCUGUCCGACGUGUAGUGUGUUUUAGCUUCCAUUCUAAAACUCGUUCUGUACAGAGAGAUGCGGCGGGACGGGAGGGCGGAGGGGGUGGGGGAAGCCACCCACUCCCGGCGCUGGUGUCUGGGGUGGGAGCAAGAGGGCUUCAGAGGGUCUGGCCCCGGCCCCUCCCCCCCUUGGGCUCAGCACGAAAGGGCUUUCAAUGAAUUAAGUGAAAACUUUCUUUUUUUACAAAAAUGCAAAAAUCAACAAAGCUCCAAAACCAUUGGAAAUAAAACAUGAACUUGCAGCG